AUGAGAUCAAAAACAACCAACGCACCUCAGCGUCGACAGGGCACGGUCAAAUCCAAUGAGCCGCACGAAACACCUGCCGACGAGGAAAGUAACACCGCUCGGCCUGCUAAAAGAAAAAGGACUGCUAGCAAGCCCAGGGACAAGAGAUAUGAAUGUCCUCAAGAAGGCUGCGACAAGAGUUACUCACGUGCUGAGCAUCUCUACAGACACCAGCUAAAUCAUGCUCCAAAGCAGAUAUUCAAUUGUGAUUUCGAGGGCUGUGAUCGCCAUUUUGUCCGCCAGGACCUUUGUGCAAGACAUAGGGAGAGGCACACCAAAGAGAACUCACACCUAUAUCGCCGAGAUGCUUUCAAGCAUGGCAAGCUCCGAUCAUCUAAUGCUGUCGAGGUCCAACAAGGAUUGUCCCCCAACGACCGACCGACAACAUCCACUUCAAGUUCGGAUAGCCCUGCGCCACGAGAUGUUGAGCCAGCAACCAUUUCCGAACCGCACGAGCCUGUGCUCAACUUCAACCCGAUGGUCCUUGAUCCCCGUCUGGCCGACGAAGGCGGCUUCAACUCCACUAUACCAUCGGCUUCUUUCUCUUCAGCGCUAGGUAAUGGCCAUUAUGAGCAUGCUUCGAACUCUAUGAGCGAGUCUAUAGCGUCCGGGCUGGUCUCCCAUAUGAGGCACGCAGACAAUUCUGGGAUUCUAGCAGCUCCAGGGGCUAUGAAUGGUCGUGCCAACGAUGCACGCCACGCGGGGAACAACGCGAUGUUUGCUCGACCCAACAUACCCCCAACGCUCUCCAUGGAUAUGUAUCAUCUCAACUCAACGCAGAAUAUGUUCACACCGCUCGGCAAUGCUUCAGGAGCUUACUUACCUCAACCCUAUCCCUCGCCGACCAAUGGGUCGAGUCUUAGAUCGCCACCAGCAUUUAACAAUCUGCCUAAUUCAUCGCAAUCUAUCACCCCAUACAGUGCGCAGGUGUCUUCGCCAGUUGGCAUCAGGUCAGAUUCUGUGACUUCAUAUCUUUCCAAAGGGGGCCUACAUCAUUACCAGAGCAUGAGCUUCCACGAUCCUGUAACAAUCAACAACUUACCGGCAGGUACCACUGUUCCAGUCUUCAACGAGAACUACGGGCCAUCCCCUUCAGAGAUACCUGGUGCGGAGUUCAUCAGCUGGCUCUUUGAAGGAGACCAGACCGCAGUAUUUUCACCACAUACGCAAGCAUCAUACAGCCAAGCUUCAAUGUCGCAUAUACCACUUGAGAGCAUGCAAUCAUCGAAUAGUCAGAUAUACCUCGAACCUCUGGUUCGUCCGAAAUCGGUCGCAAAGACUGAACAAGAUAGCGUUCAGCCGGAGUGUGUUCUCUCGGAACAUCGUAGGCAGCGGCUUUUAGAUCUGAUAAGCUCCGAGUUCAGAGACGGCAGACAUAUCCAUGUGACUGCGCAAAGGGAGAAGACCUUGAGCGGCGACCACAACGAAGACACACAUGUGUUGAGCUUGCGAAUGAUGCAAGUAUUCUGCAGCUCGUUCUGGCUUCACAUACACCCACAAUUACCGAUUUUGCACAGACCUACGUUUUCUGCGGAAACCUGUCCGGACCUCUUACUCAUAGCCAUGAUGACACUAGGAGCAUCUUGUCUGGAGCCGUCCUAUGGUUAUGAGGUUACUCAGGAAUCCGCCGAACUAGCCUCAUUUCUUGCAUGGCAUACUCGCCGGAUGAUCUUCGAAGAUCCGGACUUCCUACCUCCUGCAAAACUCUGGAUCUUCCAAGCCUUGUUGCUAUUAGAAGUUUUCGAGAAGAUGUUCUCCACCACGACGCUUCACCAAAGAGCACACGUACAUCAUUGCACAACCCUCACUCUGAUGAGGCGAGGUAGCUCCUUAGUAGGACGAGCGGCACUGGAUUUUGCACCCUACGAUGUUGACCCAACCAGGACUCCUCCAGGGCCGAACGGCUCUGUCAACACCUGUGGCAGGAACACAAAGGAUGAGUGGUGGAACAACUGGAUUAGCAACGAGGCUACGCGGAGAACGGCCUUCGCAGCAUUCAUCAUUGAUACUACCCAUGCGACCAUGUUUGGUCACGCAGCCGUGAUGGUCGCCCAUGAGAUGCGUAUCCCUCUGCCAUGCGAUGAGGCGCUAUGGGCUGCUCAAAAUGGGAGCGAGGUACGCAGUCUUGAGCACAGCCUUGCUCUCAGUGGUUAUAGACCGAUGAGCUUUCUUGAAGCGUUGAAGAAAACGCUCAACAGUCAACAUGUGCAGACCAAUACCUUUGGCCGGGUUACUAUCAUGGCAGGUCUCAUGAGUGUAAGCUGGCACAUGAGGAUGCAAGAUGUUAGAGCAAGUUCGAUCGGGGUUGGAAAGCAAGGAAGCUGGAGUGCUCAGCUGGCUUCUGCUUGUGACUUCUGGAGGCGUGAUUUCGAUGCUUCCUUGGCUCAGUCGUCGUCCAAUCUACCGGUAUACUUGUAUGACCGGAUGUUGAGCGACGUUAUGGAUAAGGAGGAGGUCUUCGAAUCUCGUACUGUGCUACAUCACCUUGCCCGAAUGGCAAUGUAUGUGGACAUUGUUGACUGCCAAAUCCUUGCUGGAGCAAAACGCUCACUGGGACGCGUGAUUACGGUCAACGAUCAUGCGGCAGCUUCAAAAAAGUUGCGAGAAACCUGGGCUCCAUCUCACGGUGCUCGUGAUGCAGUGUUCUAUGCGCUACGCUUUUUGUCAGCCGUACUAUUACCGGAGAGCGACGGCGCCUCUGGACCACAAUAUAAUGCACAAGGACUUGCAUACUCAGCUCGUGACGACAAUCUGCUCAAUCGGCCUUGGGUGCUCUAUUUUGCUGCACUAGUUGUAUGGACUUAUGGCUUCUGCUUGGACGGACCUAUAGCACCGCCGUUACCGACAUACACCCUCAGGACACCCGAGAUCCAAUUCAGGGACUUGCGCGGCUUUCUUCGCCGCGUUGGAGGGGUCAAAUCGGCCGAUGACUUGCAGCUCGUCAAGCACAGAAACGGAUGUUUGGGAUUGUUGAUGCUCCUGAAAGAGAUCUUCGGUAAGACUAGAUGGGAACUACUUCAUGAGGCGAGUGAUAUGCUGGGAAAUUGCAUCGAGCUGCUCAUGCCUGGCAUAUCGAAUAUUUGA